AUGGAAAUGCGUCUCUUCCAGGAGACUAUGAGUGGAGCUAACUGGAGCGCAGUCCUGGAAGAAAACAGACUGGGAUCAAUGCUCACUUUCUGGUGGGCGAAAUGCCUGGAACAUUCACUCAGAGCUACAACAGAAGAGUCUGGAUCAGACUAAUGGGCCACAUGUGGGCCGCUGAUGACCUUUGAACUAUGAAGUCUACAGAGGUGGACCAAGGGCUAUUCACAGACAGCUACUGCAAAGUGUGCAGCGCUCAGCUCAUCUCCGAGUCCCAGAGGGUGGCCCAUUAUGAGAGUCGGAAACACGCCAACAAAGUGCGGCUGUAUUACAUGCUACAUCCUGUGGAUGGAGGCUGCCCGGCUAAGAAGCUCAGAACAGACAACGGCAGCGAUGAGAGCGACGUGGACAAGAACAAGUGCUGCACGUUGUGCAACAUGUCCUUCACCUCAGCAGUGGUGGCACAGUCUCACUACCAGGGUAAAAUCCAUGCCAAGAGGCUCAAACUGCUGCUGGGAGAACAGCCUGCCAUCACAACUAAAGAGGCAUCCCACAGUCCUGUAAAGAACUCCCCAGAAACUUCUCCCAUGAUGUCACCGCGACAGCGCCGCGACUCAGACCGAUACUGCCAGCUAUGCAACGCCUGGUUCAACAACCCCGGCAUGGCUCAGCAGCAUUACGACGGGAAGAAGCACAAGAAGAACGCCACUAGAGCCGAUCUGCUGGAGCAGCUGGGGCAGACCCUGGACAUGGGGGAAAUGAAAGGCCUGAAGCGGAGCUACACCUGCGAAGUGUGCGGCGUCACGCUCAACUCGGUGGCGCAGUACCACUCGCACCUGCAGGGCUCCAAGCACCAAAACAAGUGAGUGCGCCACGCGGCCGCCGUUCUCCGCCGCCGACAUGCGGCGGAGCUAGAAGCCUCCGCACUCCGUCCACACCAACAUGUGUUGUCUUUGCUUUCAUCUGCUUCCCAUGCGUUUCAAACGCGGCGCACUGCGGCGCAUGCAUAAAUGAUGAGAAUAUUGUAAUGAGCUGCACAGCCCCAACAGGAAUUUCAUAUGGACUCAUUUUGCUUUAAUUGAGCGUGUUUUUCUUUCUCAUGCUGGAGCUAACUGGUGGCUGUGACACACACACAGGAGACGAGUUCCAGCUGAGAGUCAACAAGUUUUUACACGUCGGUCACAGCAAGCAAGCACUUCACUGAAUCUCAGUUUCUGCUAGACUGCUGUCAAGACAUGAGCUAAAAAAAAAAAAGGAAAAAAAAUUGGCAAAGAUCUGCAUCUGUGCUUGUACGUCCAAUAAAUUAUACAGUAUUAA